AUGCGUGCAGCAUGCUGGACGUGCCGCAAACGCACCAUCCAAUGUGACCGAACCAGCGACCCUUGCGCCAAAUGCAAGAAAGCUGGGCUAGAAUGUUUCGAAACCAGACCACUACGAUGGGUCAAGGGCGUGGCUAUCCGGGGUAAACUGCGUGGGCGUGUCCUUGAAGAAGAUCAAAAAGUCGCCAAUGGAAAACCAACCAUGCCACCUAAACAGAAAUCAGUCCUAUCCUCCGUCGCAAAGUCUUUGGCACUCAAAAGCGCUCCCCCUUUAGCAUUGCAAGACCCUUGCACAGAUGACCUCGGUUGGUCAUCGAGGUUUUACCUUGAUUACUAUAACAUACGUAUCGCCAAGUUGUUCAUCCUAUAUGACAGCGCGAGUAAUCCGUUUCGGAAUUUACUCGCAUACGCGGUAGAUGAUUCAACUUUAAGAAUGGGUAUAAUUGCUGUUGCCGCACGACAUUUUGCCAAUUCAGGGCGGUCGUUCGAUCAGACCGAUGAUGCUUCGUCACCUCAAGUUGUCAAUGCUAAUGUGGAUGCACUUCACUUUAAAAGACAAGCCAUCAAGUCUUUAUUAUCCUCACUGUCCCAUCCAACCCCCUCUCAGAAAGACACGAUAAUGGCAACUAUUCUACUUUUGAUUUUCCUCGAUAUACUCGAGUCUGGCAUCGACGGUUGGAAAUAUCAUCUUCAUGGUGCAGAAGAGCUUUUCAAGAUAUCUCAAUCGAUGCUAGAGCCUGGUACCAGUCACCAUGUCAACAGUGAUCCUGGAGAGACAGUGGAGGAAACGAGGCGAUUUGUUGCCCGACAAUUUUCGCUUGUCUCAACCAUUGGAGGCGCGCUCUCAAAUUCGGAGUCUAUGCCUGGGUUAUGUGUCAAUUCCGAAGAAGGCAGAAAUCAAGAGUCAAUUAUUCGAAGCUUUCUUGGAUGUCCUGGAUUCCUUCUGGAGGCCAUACGUUAUUUCUCCAACCAAAGACAUGUGAUCGAGACUUUGAAAAUGUAUGACGACACCUCCAUUCAGGAGCAUGUAAGAGAUACUCAGACCAUGCUCGAACUAACGGGAGAGUUUGACUGUGUUGAGUGGGCAUCAAACUCUGUGCAAUCAAAUAAAUCCCCGAUAGUGAAAGUUCAUAUGCUGUCUUUGCUAUCGGAAUCAUACAGAACUGCCACCUUCCUUUAUGGAAACCGAGUUCUUCGGGCUUUCGGGAAAUCAGCCGGGGCGGUAGCGUCUGACAACGGCAAGCUAGUGCUGCGAUUACUUGACGUAAUCGAGGCUCUCAAGUGUGACGACGCUUUGUUCAAGUGCUUACUGUGGCCGACUUUCAUUGCCGGCCUCGAAUGUGAGACGGAAAGUGAUCAGCAACAGGUCGUACAAUCUCUAAAGACGCUUUGGGAUUUGACCUGCUGUCUGAAUAUAAUCAACGCUUCGAAGAUUCUGCAUGACCAUUGGAGGCAAAAGCAGUCUGGUGGCAAUUUGACGCCGGAGGAAUCUCAACUCUAUGUAAUAGAGCAAGGCUGGCUGCUUGUUUGA